AAGACAAUCCACCUCACAACACCAUCACAAGAGUUUUGAUACAUCUUGAGAAAGAAGCAGAGAGAAGAAAGAUGGCAAGGCUUCCUGUUUUAUUGAUCACUCUCUUCUUCUCCGCCGCCUUCGUGGGUCGAUGCCGGGUCGAGGCCGCGUUCUGGGACACCUCGUACUUCACUUGGGGCGCUCGGCAGUCCUCGGUUUUCAACAACGGCAACGAUGUUCAACUCGUGUUGGACAAGAUUUCUGGCUCGGCCUUUCAGACCAAGAGCGCGUACCUGUUUGGAAGCAUCGAAAUGCUGAUCAAGUUGGUCCCUGGAAAUUCUGCUGGGACAGUCACUGCAUACUAUCUAUCUUCCACGGGGUCGAAGCACGAUGAGAUCGACUUCGAGUUCCUGGGCAACGUUUCUGGACAACCUUACAUCAUCCACACAAACAUUUUCGCUCAAGGAGUCGGUAACAGAGAACAGCAGUUCUACCCGUGGUUCGACCCCUCGGACAGUUUCCACAACUACACCAUUUUCUGGAACCCCACCGAAGUUGUGUGGUACGUCGACAGCAUACCCAUCCGAGUGUUCAGGAACUACCAGAGCCAGGGGGUCGGGUACCCGAACGAGCAAGGCAUGAAGGUGUACGCAAGCCUCUGGAACGCGGACAACUGGGCCACGAGGGGCGGGCUCGUGAAGACCGACUGGCGGUACGCCCCCUUCGUGGCCCAGUUCCGCAACUUCCAGUCUAGGGCCUGCAAUUGGUACGGGACCAGCAGCAUCUGGCAGUGCGCGGCCAAGACGCCGGCGAACUGGUACACUUCGCCGGCCUACAGCCAGCUCAGCAACGCCCAGCUGGGGCAGAUGAAGUGGGUGAGGAACAACUACAUGAUCUAUGACUAUUGCCAGGACACCAAGAGGUUCAACUUGAACAUGCCUCCUGAGUGCUCCAAGCCCCAGUAUUGAUUUGAUGUAGCAGCAUUGCCACGGAGAAAUUGUUGUUCUUUGCAAGAGUGAUCUAUUUUGUAUGUUCAAUUUGUUUUCCAUUGGUUCGACAGUAAACCCAUUUGAUGUCUACUUGUAUGGAUCAUAUAUCACUUGAUUAAUGUUUUACUUGGCGAAUGGACCGUAU